AUGUCGUCAUUUAAGGUCGUCCAGGUACACACAAAGUCGAAGGACUUUCGUGCUGCCACUAAAAUUGUCGAUGUCCCUGCAAUUGAAACCCCUGCACCUGGCUGCGUUGUGGUUAAGAACUGCUUUUUGGGCAUCAACGCCACCGAUAUCAAUGUGACCUCUGGUGCCUACACUGGUACUCUCCCCCCUCCAUUCGGAUGUGGUCUAGAAGCUGCAGGUCGCGUUUUCGCGAUUGGUGAGGGUGUCACUGACGUAAAAGUGGGCGAUUCUGUCGGCUAUCAGAAAUUUGGAGCUUUUGCCGAGUACGUUGAGGUGCCAGCAGCCAAUCUUAUCAAGACUCCAGAGCUCUCCCCUUCUGUAGUGACGCUGACAGUUGGCGGUCUCUCGGCUUCUAUUGCCCUAGAACAUAUUGGAGAAAUGAAGUCCAACGAGACGGUGUUUGUAUCUGCUGCUGCUGGCGGCACUGGUCAGUAUGCGGUGCAGCUAGCCAAACUCGCCGGGAAUCACGUUAUUGGUACGUGUAGUACCGACGAAAAGGCAGAACUUUUGAAAAAACUAGGGUGUGAUCGUGCGAUAAACUACAUGAAAGAGGAUGUUGAUGCGGUCUUAAAGAAAGAGUAUCCAAAUGGUCUUGAUCUCGUUUUUGAGUCUGUGGGAGGGGAUUUGUUUAAGGCUGUGACAAACAAUCUCGCAGUUCAUGCGCGUGUGAUCCUCUUUGGAUACAUUUCGGCCUACCAUGGCGACAAAUCGAAUGAGCCUAUGCUUGUGAACGAGUUGAGCCCAAAACUGUUGACCAAAUCCGCUAGUCUGCGUGGAUUUAUUUUGUUCAAUCAUUUUGAACAUAUUCCAUCCCACACGAAACGAUUGCUGAAACUGAUAGCCGAAGGAAGUUUGAAUCCUGGAAUCGAUUCGACGGAGUUUCGCGGAUUGGAGAGUAUUCCCGAUGCUAUUGAUUAUAUGUAUGCGCGAAAGAACAUGGGCAAAUUGAUCAUUAAGCUGGAGUAA